AUGGGCUGUUAUGCAUGUGAAACGCCAGAUCAAUGGAAAACAACCAUUAUAGUCGGCACAUCAUUUCAGAGUCAUGACGUCACCGGGACGCUCCGUGCGCAGCAGCAUCGGCUCAGAUUCUCGGACCGUGUUGAGAUCGGGUGCCUUGUUUUUCCUGUCACAGGUAUUGCAUUUUUGGUUGUUGACCCGCAAGAACUCCCAGGAAAUCUGGAGGAGUCAGAACUAUUUGAGAAGAUAAAGAAGUUCACUCAAAUCCACCGCAACAGUUUUCUACUGCUACAUGCACCUUUUUAUGGGAAAGGGGAAUUGAAAAUCUUGUCAUCGAUUCAGAGCAGAUUCUUUGGCAGCAAUCUCGGGAUUAUACCUGUGCGAAACAAUGCUGAAAUGGUCAGUGGGAUUCUGACAAUUGCCAAGACUUUUAAUAUUUUAAACAAAUAUAGCAAAUCUAUCUGCAGUAAACCUCAUGUUGACAGCAUCUGGAAUGGGAUGUGUCUGGCUCGGGGCCGCAUCAUUGAAAACAGUCGAGUGUGGGAGAUGCUCAGAGACAACAUUUAG